AUUAUCUUCAGCAACAAUUUUAAAUUACUUUGUGCCGCAAGGUUACUUUGUGCUGCAAGAUUUGGAUAUACCAGCUGCUAUACUUUCUGUAUCUUCAUUGUUGGCCUCAUGGGAGUUUAUUUUCCAUACGAUAUCAUGAACCUGACAUUAUGUUUGCUUUCGAUUCUAUAUUCUUCAACUCUGCUUCUAUUGCCAGAAUCUCCUUAUUUUUACUACAUGAAAGGUCGAGAUGAAGAAGGUCUCCAAUCUUUAAUGAGAUUUAGAGGAAAGAAAAACCCAGAAUCUGUUAAAAUAGAAGUCCAAGAAGUACGACAAUUAGCAUGUGAGAUUCAGGAGCAGAGCAAGAUUAAAUUACUCGAAAUAUUCAAAUCUAGAACUAACAGAAGAGCAUUCCUGAUCGUUAUCGGCGCAAAUUUUACCACUGUACUUUCUGGAAACACAGUGAUGGUUUCUUAUACCCAAGAAAAUUUUAAAUACAGUGGUUUUUCACUAUCAGCUUCAAAUUCUGUAACUGUGUUAAUAGGAGUAAUAAUAAUUUCAGGAUUGAUAGGUUCUCAAGUGAUUGAAAAAGGAGACAGAAGAUUCAUUUUCCUUUUUUCUGGAAUUUCUACAGGAGCAUCAUUAACAAUCGCAGGAUUGUUUUUCUUCCUAAAAUAUCAAAUGAAAAUUAAUAUUGCUAGCUUUACAUCGAUGCCACUUAUGGGUCUGAUUAUUUAUGCGAUUGGUUUUCCUCUAGGAUUAGGCAAAAUACCUUUUAUUCUUGAGGGGGAAAUUUUUUCGAUGAAUCUGAAAAAUAUUGCUGUUAGUUUUUGUAAUCUAUUAUGUCCUUUGUUGACGUUUUCAACUGGUCUAAUAUUUCCCUUUAUCAAUGAUACUGUUGGUAUUUAUGCAUCUUUCUGGGUCUUCGCUUUGUGUUCUUUCAUUUGUACGUUUAUCUUCUUUCGUAUUGCGCCGAAAACGAAAGGAAAAAGCUUGAAUGAGAUUCAAACAAUUUUAAAGUCGAGAUAA